AUGGAUCCGGAUAUAACCAGGUGCAGAUGAUUUCUAAUUCUAAGGCUGAGAAGCUAUCCCUGGACUGUAUUCUUGUGGAGCAGCGUAGCUUAGACCUAGAGCAGUUCUGUCAUGAAACUGCUACCAGAUUGUGUGCUGCUGCCAACAAGAAGUUCUGGUUCUGUAAUGAUUAUGAUGUUGAGAUGGUUGACGUUGAUCCUGUCUCUGGUGAUGUUAUUGUUGUUGCUGUUGUACUAAUCCAGGCUGCCAUUCUCACCAAAUCUCAUUCUCAGAAGUUUAAUGUUUCAUCUUUAUCCAGGAAACAGUAUCAGGCGAGCUUUAAAUUUUGCUGGAACAUUGACUCAGGGCAAUAUUUUCUUGUUGACAGUGAUCCUCUCAAAGAUAUAAAUGGGUUUAAGGUGAGUAACAUUUGCAGUACAGCAAGGUGUAUUUUUUUUAUGAAAAAUCAUUUCCUCCCCCUUCUUUGGAAGUGAUAUUUUCCCUCCAGAUGUUUCGUAUGGUUGCAUGGAGGGCAAACAAUU